AUGGCCACCAACGGCUACAUGAAUGGGCCCCUGCAGGAUUAUGUGCAAGCAUUGAUUGCCCAAGUAAAAGCCCUCACUGUCGAGAAGUUAAAGAAUGUACUGCGCAGCGAAGGCCUGCCAUUGUCGGGAGUCAAAAGUGAGCUUCAAAUCAGAACAAUAGCCUAUAUCGAGAAACUGCGCAACGCCGCAGAUAUGUCCGCGCUGCAAAGAGUACGCGCGACGAUAAGAGGUGUCCCUCCUCCAUAUCAAAACGGCAACUCUUUCAAUCCGCACUAUUCAAAUCACACGCCCUCCUCUUCUGCCUCACCUCAGUUUUCCUCGCCGAGUGCUCACAGCUCUUACAACAUGCCUUCCCAUCAGACGUCGGUGCCAAGAGAGCUACUCUUCAAAGCCUCGCCUUUCUACACGAUUUAUCAGCCACUCACCAACCCAUACGAGUGCAAAGUCCGAGAGUCGACCAGAGAUACUCUAAGGAUCAUAGUCUCCCUGCCCAAAGAUAGCCACGAGGCGCUGCUCAACAAUCCAACAUUCCGUGUCAUGGUAUUUUGCACCUCAGACCCCCACGGAACCUACGAAAGCUCCGAUUCCUAUAUGAACGACCUUUCCGAAAUUGCGUUUCCUCACAACGUGGAGCUGAAAUGUAACGGGCUUGAGGUCAAGGCGAAUCUGAAAGGACUGAAAAACAGGCCCGGAUCGACUAGACCUGCGGAUAUCACGAGCUUUGUCAAGAAAAAGCCCGCCCAGUUUCCGAACACGGUCGAGAUGAUCUAUGCCUUAACCACAAAGAAAUUCUACGUUGUGGUCAAUCUGGUCUUGGUGAAGCCGAUUGACGACCUGGUCGCCGAUAUCAGACGAGGCCGCAUGAUCUCCAAAGAUCAAGUCAUACGGGAGAUGCGUCGGAAAGCUGAAGACCCAGACGAACUGGUGGCUACAUCUAUGGUUCUUUCGUUGAAGGAUCCUGUCGGUUACACGCGCAUCACAACGCCCUGUCGUGGUAUCGGCUGCAAUCAUCUGCAAUGCUUCGACGCAGCCUUAUACCUUCAGCUCCAGGAACAAGCCCCAACAUGGACCUGUCCAAUCUGCAACAGAGCUGCACCUUGGAAUCAGCUGGCUCUAGAUCAGUAUGUUAACGACAUCCUGAACCUGACGCCAAAGAGUGUAGAGGCAGUUACCGUCGACCCCGACGGGAAAUGGCACAUCCAGAGCGAAAACGAGAAUGUUGGUCGCAGGUCUAAUCCCACGCCAUCUGAUGAUGACGAUGACGGUGGAAACGACGAUGACGACGGCGAUCUGGUCGAGAUCACAAAUGGACCCAGCUUUCGAGCGCCCAAGCUCGAAACACUGACACCUCACAGUGUCAAGACACCGCCGCUAUCUUCUCGAGAAGUAUCCACCGCUCCUUCAGCGUCCAAGUCAUCAGCGCAUAGCAAAAAGAGACCUCGCGAAGUCAUUGAUUUGACUCUGAGCGAAGAUGAGGAUGACGAACCACCCACAAAGAGUGGGAGGGUAUCUAGGACGAACUCAUCUGGGAUGGAUGCUUCUGGCAACCGACAUGUCUUUUUCCAAUUACAUCCUCCACCUCCACCUCCACCUCAACCGUCGUCCUACAACCUCGACAGGUUCAAUCCAUCACUUUAG